AUGAGGCUUCCGCAAGUCGCCCUCCACCUGGUGGCCAGCCUCCUGGCAUUAUCCUCUUUCCUCCCUCAUUUGACACUGGCAUUCACGAGUUAUCCGGAUGAUUUUGUUAACCCAAAUUACGUGCUUGCUCGUCGGUAUCCAGGAAACACAGGUGGUGCCCAAUUUUCUAUCCUGAAAUGGGCCGAUUUUCUUGCCCCCCAAGGCCCUUGGACUGUCAUUGAUAAGCCGGUCGCCCCUCCUUCUGGAGAUAUGCACGAUUAUAUGAGCUGGUCUCCUUACUCGUGGCCAAACUGUUCCGCGCUCGGAAAUACUACGGAGCUCCCACUCCCAGAAGUUUGGUCCGAGUGCCCGUAUUACCUUCGAGAUGGCCUCUUUCAACCCAGACGUCACUUUAACGCUAUGGCAGACGCCGUUUGGAUGAAUUCCCUUGCCUGGGCUAUGACAGGGAUAAAUCGAUACGCUCAGAAUGCCGCGACGUUCCUGAAUGUAUGGUUCCUACAAAACAGCACCGCGAUGAAUCCAAACCUCAUCUAUAGUCAAAUGCGGAGAGGACCAGGUAAAGGACAGCUGGGCGCACAUACGGGCGAAUUGGAUUUGAAGUGUAUGGCGAAGAUCGCCAACGCUAUUCUGAUUUUGCGGAACGGAAAAUCGUUCUAUUGGACCAACGACUUGGACCAAGGAAUGAUCAACUGGUGCCAGAGAUUCGUCCGAUGGUUCACCACCUAUUGGAUUGCUCUAGAAGAGGCUGCCGCCCCAAAGUCAGUAGCCACAUUUGUCAAUCACGGAUCAUACUACUAUGCUCAACUCGCUUCUCACUACCUUAUCGUAAACGACAUUGAAAGUGCAAGACAAGCAAUAAAAACUUACUUUACCACCACAUACAUGGCUCAAAUCACAGCGGACGGCGAGCAGCCACUAGAAGCCCGUCGGACGCGUCCAUAUCAUUACCGUGCAUAUAACCUCAUAGCAAUGAUUACAAACGCUCGGAUAGGUGAAUACCUUGGUCUUGACUACUGGAAUUGGACAGGGAACGAAGGAGCAGGAAUCAAAGCAGCGUUGGAUUACGCUAUGACCAUUCCGCCACGCACCGAGAACGCUGAUGAGCUGUACCAACCAAUUGCGGCCGUAGCAGCAAAAUUUGGCGAUCCUGAUGGCAAAUACGCCAAUUUUUUGGCGAAUGCAGAUCCCCAUUAUCCUUCUGCACCGUAUUUCCUGUGGUCCCAACCGUUCUCCGAUUCUGGUCUGCCAGCCGCCCGCCCUGGCUGGUCUCCGAAACGCGAUUCCUCCGCCGGGAAAUCUAUACUGGGAGGCCCGACGACGCUCUUUGCGGUACUACCUGCAGUAUUAGGUUUCAUUGCUUGGCGAAGGUAAGAUUCCACCACAGAAGUUGAAAUAGUUUUCCAAAGAAAAUUCGUCGCCAUGGUUGUGUAAUGAUCGGUAGAAACGAGCAUACAUGGAACAUACAUAAAUAUGCCGGACAGUGGAAGUGGACACACA